ACCAACAUGGCGGCGCCCAUUUACUGAAAAAGACGGAGCGUGAGAAUGGCGGUGGAAGUGAGGUUACCGGUGGCACGAAAGCGGGUAACUGAAUCAGUGAUUUCGGAAAGUACCCGGCAUCUGGUGGCUCCCGGGGACACAAUCACCACUGACACCGGGUUCAUGAGGGGUCAUGGGACGUAUAUGGAAGAUGACAAGCUGUUGGCGUCCGUGGCUGGCGCCGUGGAGCGCGUCAAUAAGCUGAUAUGUGUCAGGGCUCUGAAGACGAGGUACAACGGAGAAGUUGGUGAUAUCGUCAUUGGUCGUGUAACGGAGGUGCAGCAGAAGAGAUGGAAAGUGGACACUAACGCUAGAUUGGACUCGGUGUUGCUGCUUUCGUCUGUAAACCUUCCUGGGGGAGAGCUGAGGAGGAGGUCAGCCGAGGAUGAGCUGGCGAUGAGAAGUUACCUGCAGGAAGGAGACUUGAUCAGCGCAGAGAUUCAGGCUGUGUACUCAGAUGGAGCGCUCUCAAUGCACACACGCAGUCUCAAGUAUGGGAAGCUGGGGCAAGGGGUCCUCGUUCAGGUGUCGCCGUCGCUGAUAAAGAGGCGCAAGACCCACUUCCAUAAUCUGCCCUGCGGGGCCUCUAUCAUUCUGGGAAACAAUGGCUUUAUCUGGCUGUGCCCCAUACCCGAGGAGACGGAGGAGGAGGCUGGUGGCUUUGUCACUAACCUGGAGCCGAUAUCCUUAUCUGACAGAGAAGUGAUUUCUCGCCUGAGAAACUGCAUCCUCGCCCUGGCAAAUCAGAUGAUGAUGCUGUAUGACACCAGCAUCCUAUACUGCUACGAAGCUUCGCUGCCUCACCAGAUCAAAGACAUACUGAAAGUGGAGGUCAUGGAAGAUAUUGUGCUGGAAACCCGGCAACGUCUUGCAGAACAGGAGGGAUAACUUCUUCUUCGGAGGCAAUUCCGUGCCGGGCCAUUUAACCAGCUGCCCAAAAGGCUUAAGAUCUACCGAGCGUAAAUAAUGUUCUCCAUGAAAGACUUAAAAAGGAGGUGCUGACUUUCCCCUUUGUUUAAACCUCCCAAUGAGUCCAUUUGUGUUUGUACCUGGAGAAAUAACAUCUGGUUUAGUAAAAGCAGUGGUAGUUUGGUGUCCUUGCAUAACAUUGUAUUCAAGUAGAAAAAAAGUAAGUGAAAGCGGAAAAAAGUUAUCCACCUGC